GCAGGUCCAAGCUGGGAUGACCUCUACAAGGUCACGUGCUUUACUCUCCUUAUUUACACACACACACACACACACGCACACACACGCAUACACACACACACGCAUACAACAAUACACACAUGUAACCACACACAAUUGCUGAUUUAAUUUUAAACCAAACUUAUGAUUCAAAAUAUUCUCACAAAAACAUCACAGACAGAAUUGUUCUUCAUCAUCUUCAUCCUCAGAGUUCAGUUCUGUUUAAAUGAAGUCCGUUCUUUGAAAUUUUCAUUGUUGUUGAUCUUCGUUUCAACUCUCAGAAUGAUCUGGAUUUCCAUCAGUCAAAGACAGGAAAGUGCAGACAGUCAGCUGGCGGGUCAGUGACGUCAUGGCGCAGGUAAGAAAAGUCCAAACAUGUUAUUAUUAGUACUUUCAAAAUAAAAGUAUCCUUUCUCAUUGUGACUAUAUCUUCCAGAGGUUUGCGUACAAAUGAACCUGAAUGGCGUUGGGGGGGUCAACUGGUGCUGGUGACGUUUAUAAAGUUUUAUUUACCUUCACAGGUUUAGUCUUUGCAUUCUGGGAAUAUUUUGUCUAAAAAACAGAUUUUACAGACUGCAUCCACAUAGAAGCCUUAUACCUCCUCAAGUUUAUUUAUUCAUUUUGUUCAUUUCAUCCUGUUGAGUCUUCAAACCCCCACUCUGCUACUGGUCUAUGGGGAGGGGUCAGAAUACCCCCCCCCCCCCAACAGAUGUCUUUGAAAAUAUAAAAUUCAUACCAAUACAAGAAUAAAUACAGUUCUGAAUACGAGUAAACACUGUUUUUAACUUUUGAAAUAUUAUAUUUAUAAGCUAUUGAGAGCAAAAAAUAAGUAAUAUAAAUUAUUUACACAAACUUGAGACAUAGAAUACCGAAUAAAACAUUAGGGAGCGUUAUUGUUUGGAAACCUUUCAUUUCAUUGAUGGUAUUUUAUUUUGACAGUGCAAAGCGGUUGUGACGUAGCAUCCGUCUGACAGGCUGCGGGACUGCGUGGUCCACAGCUCGCGCGCGGUUCUGGAUGGAUUUUCCUCCGCGGAGGAUUUUCGAGCGACGCGGCUGACCCACCGGACCGAACCAGCGGCUCCGUGGUCCCGCCAUGAUGGACGAGCACGCGGGCCCCGGGGUGUUCCUGAGCGGCGGCGGUUCGGGCUCGGCUCCGCAUCUGGGCUCCGUGAGCGGCGGAGAGGCGGCCCGCGCGCGGUACAGCGUCCCAGGAAUCCUGCACUUCCUGCAGCACGAGUGGGCGCGCUUCGAGGUGGAGCGCGCGCACUGGGAGGUGGAGCGCGCCAAGCUGCAGGCGCAGGUCGCCUUCCUGCAGGGGGAGAGGAGGGGCCAGGAGAACCUGAAGAAGGACCUGGUGAGGAGGAUCAAGAUGCUGGAGUUCGUCCUAAAGCAGGAGAGGGCCAAGCAUCACAGGCUGAAGUUUGGGACAGAACUGAACCAGGGGGAAAUGGACCCUCCGAGCUACGACUCAGAUGAAGGAAACGACAGCGAAGCUUCCAGUCCUGCAAACAGCAGCCAUCAGCUGAGCUGGAGGCAGGGACGGCAGCUGCUCCGCCAAUACCUGCAGGAGGUGGGCUACAGCGACGCCAUCCUGGAUGUGAAGUCUCAGAGGGUGAGGGCUCUGCUGGGUCUGACCGGAGAUCCCGGAGACCAACCGGCAGACGGGAUGGUCAACGGCACCGAACCGUCCUCGCCGAAGGACAGCAAACCGGACCUGCCUGACCCGGCCAUCAUGUUGGAGGCCUUCAAGUUCAUCGAGAACGCCGUGGCAGAGUUCAGCGAUGAAGAAGAGGACGAGGAAGCUCGGGACAAGACCGUCCUGGACCUAGCUGCUAUGAGGAGGAAGCCGUCGUCCACGUCCUCUUCGUCCUCUUCGUCUGCCUCGUCGUCUUCAACCACGUCAGACUUCAGCGACGACCCCGACACGGAGGAGGCGCUGAAAGGUUUCGACUUCCUGACCAGCCCGGACGAGAUGGACGGGCCGCCGGAGUUCAGGGGCGGCAAGGAUGGCGGGGAGUGGGAGGAGGAGCGGCGUCCUGGCGGCGAGCUGGGCUGGGACGUGGAUCAGGGGCUGAUCGCUCAGCUGAAGGAGCAGUACAGGAAGGAGCGCCGGGGCAAGAAGGGGGUGAAGAGGCCGAACCGGUCCAAACUCCAGGACAUGCUGGCCAACCUGCGGGACGCCGAGGAGCUGCCCCCCAUGCAGGCGGCCGUGACGCCCCCCCUGCGGCCCAGCGUGCCCCGCAUCAGCGAGCCCGACGCUGCACGCCCUGAAGACGAGCCGAUGGCGUUCCUGCCGGCGACAGGGAAGUCCUUCCUCCUGGGGGGGGAGGAUGAGGCGGUUUCCGGCGAGCUGGGGCUGGGAGAGCUGGGAGAACUGGCGGGGCUGACGGUCGCCAACGAGGCGGAAAGCCCGUCGUAUGAGGUGUCCAACAACAAAGACGCCCUGAGGAAGACCUGGAACCUGAGGUUCACCCUGCGGAGCCACUUCGACUCGGUCCGCGGCCUGGCCUUCCACCCGGUGGAACCGGUUCUGGUCACGGCGUCCGAGGAUCACACGCUGAGGCUGUGGAACCUGCAGAGGACGGCGCCGGCCAAGAAGUGUGCCGCUCUGGACGUGGAGCCCAUCUACACCUUCAGGGCUCACAGCGGCGCCGUCCUCUGCGUCACCAUGAGCGCCAGCGGAGAGCAGUGCUUCAGCGGGGGGGUGGACGGAACCAUCCAGAGCUGGAACACCCCCAACCCCAACAUUGACCCCUACGACUCAUACGAGCCCUCUGUCCUGCGGGGGGCGCUGAGCGGUCACACGGACUCUGUGUGGGGCGUGGUCUACAGCGCUGCUCACCACCGCCUCCUCUCCUGCUCCGCUGACGGGACCGUCCGGCUGUGGAACGCUGCCGACACGGCGCCGUGCCUCGCCGUUUUCAACGAGGGAGGAGAGCUCGGCGCCCCCACCUCGGUGGACCUGGUGAGCAGCGACCCGGCGUACAUGGUGGCGUCCUUCAGCAGCGGUCACAUGGGGCUCUUCAACAUGGAGACGCAGCAGCUGGUCCUGAAGCUGGAGUCCGCCGGAGCGCCAGAAGCCCCCUCUAAGAUCAACAAAGUGCUGAGUCAUCCCGCCCUGCCCAUCAGCAUCACGGCUCAGGAAGAUCGCCACAUCCGCUUCUUUGACAACAACACAGGUAAAUUGAUCCACUCCAUGGUGGCGCACCUGGACUCCGUCACCUGCCUCGCCGUGGACCCAAACGGCUUGUACCUCAUGUCCGGCAGUCAUGACUGUUCCAUCCGUCUGUGGAACAUGGAGACUAGAACCUGCAUCCAGGAGUUUACUGCCCACCGCAAGAAGUUUGAGGAGUCCAUCCAUGACGUGGCGUUCCACCCCACCAAAUGCUACAUCAGCAGCGCAGGGGCCGACGCGCUUGCCAAGGUCUUUGUUUGACCCGCCCCAAAGCUUCCAUUCAGGCAGCCGUGGCGUCCUGAAAGGGGCGGAGACUAUUGUUUGCACUUGUUACAAAGAAGAAAGCAAGCCCCUCCCUCCCAGUCUGGACUUGGGGCGUGGUCACACCCCAAAAACGUUUGGACAGUAAACGAAGUGGACAGUAAACACCGGGGGGGGGGUCACCCUGCAGCUCUGCAGCCGCCCCGUCCUGAUCACGUGCCUUCUGUCUGCAGAACGAUUCUUCUCACUGUGGGGGGGUAGAACGCCGGUUCCUUCAGCUGAUCUACGAUCCAGUUCCACCAGGUUCAGUAACGUGCAGAACCGGUUCAGUCUGGAGGUUCUGAACCGGUUUACCAGCAGAACAGGGUCAUCCCGCAGAGGCUGCUUCCUUUGCUGCUCCAGAAACCUUCAGACGGACGGAACGACGUGUGACGUGUUUAUGUUCACGCAGACAUGCGCAGGUUUGAGCGCGCUCACGAGGGUCCUUCAUGACCCUUAAGGGGACUCACUAACAAGGGGCGGAGCUCCAGCUCUGACGCAGCUUUCACGCCUGAAGACGGUGUUUUUGUGGAACACGUUGGAUCUGUUUGGUUUUACCUGAAAAGUGCUUUUUUCUGCCAGUUUCAAACAGCUGCUUCCUGCUUUUAUUUUGACAGAAACAGCUGCUUCCUGCUUUUAUUUUGACAGAAACAGCUGCUUCCUGCUUUUAUUUUGACAGAAGCAGCUGCUUCCUGCUUUUAUUUUGACAGAAGCAGCUGCUUCCUGUUGUGGAGCAGCAUUGAAAUCAUCAUUGAGUAAAAAUGUAUAAAAUCUUUAAAUGUUAAAUGUAUUUAUUAAUCAGGUAAAAAUGGUGAAUUUUUGAGUUUUAUCUGCCAGUAAAAGAUUUAAGUGAGAAA